AUGCUCUCAGAGAAAGAGAAUGCAGCUCAUGACACAAGCAUUAAGAGUGGAGAUCAGGAACAAGCUCCAGAGACCCCUGGUCAGGUUCAAUGUUCAGUUUGUCGCAGCACUUUCCGUCGACCGGAGCAUCUAAAACGGUAUCUGCGGAGUCACACGAAGGAGAAGCCGUUCGAGUGCAUCCAAUGCGGUCGACAUUUCUCGAGGACUGACACACUUCAUCGCCACGAGGUCAGUCACCAUGCACCGGGAGGUGAAGGCGGGAAAGACCGCAGCCACCGGAUCACCGUCAAGACGUUUCGGGCAUGUUUCAGCUGUGCAGCGGCUAGAGUGCGAUGUAGCGGUGGCAUGCCGUGUGGACGGUGUGGCGCUCGCUCCCUCGAAUGCCAGUAUCCUACAGAGAGGCGCUCCAAGGCCAGGGCUCGGGAAGAAGGCUUACGAAGUCUUGCAUCUGCCGAGACCCAGGAAACUGGCCUGCAGACUCGACGCCCUUCGCAAGCUAGCGACACUCAUCUGAAACCUGUGCGAGCAGAUUUGAGUGGUCAAUUCAAAUUAUCGUCAGAUAUUCAAAGCUCUGGUCUGGAUAUUUCCAAUCCUGACUUACACUUGUCCCACGCCGACCAAGCAUUGGAUGAGACAACCCUUUUUUUCGACGGCUACGAUAAUGGAGAUGGACACCAACCAUUCGGUCAAGGUUCGACCCCCAAUAUCCUCAAGCAAUUCUCGGAAUCAAUACCUGAUCUCGACUCUAUGACGACCUCGAAUGUUGACCUCGAAAUGGCCAUGGCGGACAAUCCGGAAAGGUCCUUGGGACUUAAUCCUACCCUUUUCGAUCAGUCGAUGCUUUCGAUAACCAACUGGCUCCCUAACGACUUGUUUGCACCCAGUGACCAGACCCAAUCGCGAUAUGAUCAGUCUUUAUUGUCAGAUGCCUCCAUGGAUCGCUCGGCAUGGUAA